AUGGAGGCGCUUCCAAUACUUCCCAUGAUGCGAUUCAGCUUCAGAGAAUCAUUAGUCGAUUAUCUCAAUAUGCCUGGACCAGGAGAAUUCAAAACGCGAAUAAAAGAAUACAUCUUGUUGCACUUUCAAGCGGACCCACAUGAUUACGAUGAAGCUUUAAAGGAACUCAUUGAAUUGAAAUUUGUCGCCAAUGGUCCAAGUGCUAAUGUCAAGACAAGUUUAGAAUUGAAGCGUUAUUUCGGACAACUGUGCAUGAUGCAGAAGCGAUUUCCAAUGUCGCACGGUCAGGAACUCGAAAUGCCAUUCAGUUGGUACGACUCAUUGAGCGAAACCCGGCAGGAUAAUUGCGAUGUUGUGAUUGCUGACAUUGAAUUCGAGAAGGCUUCGGUGAUGUUCAAUAUCGGAAUCGCGCAUUCUCAAAUUGCUAGUUUGGAAAAUCGAGAAACACAAGACAGCAUUAAAAUGGCCUUUAUGCACUUCCAAUAUGCCGCUUAUGCAUUUUCCUAUCUUAUCGAGCAACGAUAUGACGAUAUGUUCUUUCCGGCCGUCGAUUUCGAUCCCUACGUUCUACAAUUCCUUGAGAAAGUGAUGUUAGCGCAAGCACAAGAAUGCCUAGUUCAGAAAAGUCUUCUGGAUAACAGAAGUGCCAUUGUAAUUGCAAAACUCUCAAAGUGGUUGUGUGAGACGUAUGAGGAAUGCGCGAAAAUCUGUGAAGAUUGGAACGUGAAUAUUCCUGACCGAGUCCAAAGGCAUUUUAUAAAAUGUUGCGAAGUAAAAGGACUCAUCUAUGGUACGAUCGCAUGGCUCAGUAUGGGUGAUCAGGCUCAAGAGGAUCAGAAGAUGGGGCAUCGUCUUGGCUAUUAUAACAUCUCUUUAGGCUAUUUAAAUCGCCUUAUCCAUAUAAAUUCAAUAAAAGAGAGAUUAACGGAAUUCCAGCCGACAAUUUCGUUUUUGUCGGACGUUGUUCAGGCAAAGCAAGUCAAUGCCGAGAAAGAGAAUAAUUUCAUCUAUCACGAAAGAGUUCCAAAGUCUGAAGAAUUAUUGGAAGAGCUCAAGAAUGGGGCUAUGUGUAAAGCAAAUGCUCUUUCAUUCGAUCCACUGGAUCGCUCGGUAUGCGGAGAUGAUCUCUUCGGAUCACUUCUUCCUCCAACAGUUUUGCAAUCCGUGAGCAUUUAUGAGGAAAAGAAGUCUGAAUUGAAACGACAGUUGAUUAAUGAAGCGAAUGCUGCUAAUGAUGAGCUUGAGAGUUACUUGAAUCGCGCGAAUUAUAUUGAACUGCGCUGGAUGUUGCAAGAAGGGAAAGAUGUUGAUUCACGAUUCAGAUUGAGUGAUGAACUACUGGAACGAAAUGCGAUCAUGUCGUCGCAACCGGAAUCAAUUCCAGCCCUUCUUGAACGUCUGCGCGAGCAGUCGGACACGUCGAGAAUUGCCGAAGCCAAACUAACCACUUUGAUUAACAAAUUGCGAGCUGUGGAUUCGCCAACAUUGAAAAAUGAUGAGGGAUACAGAUUGAUUGCGAACGAACUCGAUAAACUGAAUAACCAUCUAGUGAGCGCCAAAUCGAAUAUUGUUGCUCUGAGCAAAGCAAUGGCUGCGGAUUCGUCGAAUUUGCAAAUCCUGUCACUUCCAAUUCACGAAUUGAAAGAAAAAAUUAUUCCGGCCAAUGCUUUUAACUCAAACUCGAAAACAUCUAAAGAAGAAGAAACUCUUAAAAGAAUAAUCAAUAAAAUUGAUGAAAUGAUGGCCCAAAGGACGAAAUUGGUUGAUCAACUUCAAGAAGAGCUCAACAAGGAUGAUAUUUCGAAAGAACUAUUGGCGGCUAGGGAUUUUGCUCCAGAUAGCAUCUUUGAAAAGGAGCUUAAAAAACAUGACGAAACGAUCAAAUAUUUGAGAAUGAAUUUUGCCGCUCAAGGAAAUAUUAUCCAUGCAUUCACAGAAGCUAAUGCCGAUUUUUGCGAAGAGCGUUUGGAAAUUAACAAACUCAAUGAAGAAUUCCAAAAGCAAGUUCUCAUCCUUGUAAACGCUUACGAAACCUUCAAUGAAGUGUCAAAGAAGAUUGACGAAGGAGCCAAAUUCUAUGAGCAACUGAUGCAACGAUGCGAUCAGCUAGCGAUUCCAAUUCAUGCGAUUGACGAGCAGUAUCGCGAAGAAAUUGAGAAGAGGGCGAACGAGAAGCGAACAUUCGAAGAGAGAAUGCGCAAUUUGCAACUUCAAAAGGAAUCGAGAGAAGCGAUGGCGGAAUUCAGUUCGUCUCAGCAUCUUCCACCUCCGGCUCCAUUCGCACCACAAGCUGGAUCGCGACUCAAGGAUUAUAUGGAUCAGUACAGAAACAACAAGCAACGACUUAGUCAGCAAGCAUUGUCGGUCCUACCGGCACAUGGAAGCACAAUUGAUGGUGCGCCGUCGCCGACGCCGAGCAGUAUUAAUGAAUUUCCAGCAAGUCCAAUGCCGAUGCCUGAGCGAGUUGCUCUCAAUUAUGCGCAGCCGAUUCCAAACUACACUCCAGCCCCUCACUAUCAAGGUUAUCCGCCGCGUAGUGUUGGUGCAGCUCCACCUGUUGCUCCAUCGUAUGGCCAUCAUGCUCAUCCACCUGGAGAAACGCCAAUACUUGAUAACAAAUCCGUACCGACUAUGCAGAACAAGCCAUAUACUCCGCCACCAGUAGGUCAAGGACACCAGCCACAAGUGCAUGCUCCAAAUACAACACCAGGAGAUAUUCAACAUCGUGCGGUAAGCUCAGUUGUGAGCACUCCUGGAAAUCCGGCGAUGUGGCCAACACAGCAGCCAGUUACGACGCCUCAUGGAUAUCAAACUCCGCCGACGCCUGCUCCUUCGCAAUACAGUAAUCCGCAAGGCUAUCAACCGCAGUAUUCGGCCCCGGCUGCAACUGUAAAUCAUUAUAAUGCCCAUCAACCUUUUAUUCAACAAGGAGCAGUUGCUCCACAGCAUCAGUACAACGCUUAUCAACCCGGAGCUCCUCCGGCUUCAUCAGCUACUCAGCAACCAGAAGUUUCACAGAAUAUAAGCCCGCAGUCCGGAACACACCAACUGCCACAGACGUACAGUAACCAGACGACACCUGGAGUACCGCCUGUUGCACCACAACAACAAUAUCGACAACUUCCGCCCUAUCAGCCGCCUAAUCCAGGAUAUCAACAGUAUAAUCAACCGCAAAUCUACCAACAACAUCCACCGGCUCCAACGCAUCAAACUCCAUCGUAUCAGUCGCAACAACCAGCUGCUCCACGUGCAGUACCUCAUCAAAAUCAGCAGAUUCAACCGUCAAGCACUGCGUCGCAGCAGUUCAACCAGCCGCCGAAUCAUCAGAUGCCAGCUGGAGCUCCAAGAACGAUGACGCCUGUUCAGCCACCAGCGCCGCAAACAUCGGCAUCACAGCGAUUUGGUCAGCAGGCCAAUUAUCAGCAGAACGUUGCUUUCCCUGAAUCAUACGCCAAUUCGACGACACCGGCUCUAAAUAAUCACGUGGUUCCGCAAUAUAAUCCGCCGCCGCAGAAGUUGUCGACUUCAGCAGUUCCUCAAAAUCCUCAAGGAUUCCAACCGCAAAAUGGCGCUGCUGCGAAUAAUUGGAUGAAAUCUGGAGCAGCUUCACCAUGGCAUGAUGGUUUGCAGCAGUCACCGUGGCAUUCUUCAUUGAAUCCCGUUCCGAAUAUUCAAGAACCACCGGUGAAUCAAAAUCCUCCAGUAAAUCAAAAUCCGCCUCCACCACAACCAUCUGUACAAAGUAGCCAUGCACCAAAUGGUGGAGCUCCAACAAAUUCAUCGACUAGCAAUGUGGAUCUUCUUUCCUCUCUGUUCGACAAUAUGAAUCUGCCGCCACCAAUCACGCCGACUCAGAGCAAUGUGCAAAAUCUUCAAAAUCAGCCGGAUUUUCGGCGGGCUUCGCAUCAGCACGAUCCGGAUAAAACGCAAAGUAAAGCCGCGGUGAGCUCACCGCGGCCAGCUGUUGCCGUUCUUCCGAUGCCUCAGCAAAUUGCUCCGAAUAAUGCUGCAACACCGCCAACGACUUUAUCUUUAAGCACUACUAGUAGUGUUUCGUACGAGAUGGCCAAUCCGUUGAAGCCAAUGACGACGAAUUCUGAAUUCCGAGCUGGUUUCGGGCAGAAUAUCAGAAGACCUGAUCCAAAUGAUCCCAUCGCACAGAUUGAUGUAACAGCGAUCUUCAAAAAAUAA